AUGUUCAUAGAGACAAGUGCCGUGACACUACAAGAUGUUAUGAUAUCUAUACUAGUACUAACGGUAGCUCUAUUUUCACACAUUACAGAUUCAACUAAAUUUAUUAAUCGCAAUAAAUUGACUAUUCUAUCGCAUAACACAGUAACUAAUAAUAUUGCUGUGAAACAGUAUCAUGUGUCGUUUAUACCCCUUGUAAUGCAUGGUUCCGCGAUAAAUCUGGCACAGUAUGAGUUAGGUGCAGUUCCUAAGAAAAAACCUUCCCAUAGAAGAACAAGGAUUAGGCGAGUUGCUUGGAUGAAAAGAAAUCCCAUAACAAAAUCAUUGCCUACAAUGGUGGAUUUGGCGGAUAUGCUAACUUACACAUCGGGAACCUACACUAAAGCAAGGACAACAAGACAGAAUUGGUUAAAUCUCCCCAAUACUAGAUUGACAAAGGGGCACUUUAUAGCAACAGAACUGUCUCCCCCCCUUUAG